AUGGCAUACUUUGGGAUGGUGCCUUUCUCACACAAUGAAUUUCAUGAAGGACAGGCUGGGGACUGCACAUCUUACCCAAUGUGCCCUUCUGGCUCUGAUGGAGAGAUUCAUCUAGGAUUCGAUCGAAUAGUUGAUGAAGUCAGCAAUGAAUUUUUUUUUUAUGGUUCAUCACAUUCACAUCAUCAUGAAGAAAUGUAUUUUCCAUCAGAUGUCUUUGGUCUGAAUGUGCCUGACCAGCAGUUUUGUGGUCAGCCUCUACUUGCUUAUGGUGAACUUUGCCCUGGAAAUCCUGACUCUCACUGGCAACAAGGUACAAUGUCACCAACAAUUGGCUUCAGAUCUUCUUUACUAUCUGAUUACAGAGAUUUCUCUCUGACAGAUCCCUACUCAUACAGUCAAGAGAGAGAAAUGUACAGAGGGAAUACUAUAACUCCAGUCACAAACGUAUUUGAUUCAAGUGUGGAAAGAGGCAACAGAAAUCAGAGUUUUCAGCUGGGCUUUGACAAUGUAGACUCUCAAUGCCCCAUUUUCUUAGACAACUAUCCAUUUGGACAAGAAGCGAGAGGUGGAAGUGGAAAUAGGGAAGCCUGUUUAACUGAUGCUUCCGGAAGAUGCGAAAUAGGUCUUACGUGGCCCAGCAGAUCUGGACGUGACAGAGAGGCUACAGGUCGGUCUAUCCAGCUGGUUGAAGCAAAUCAAGGAAGUAAUGAAAACACAGUUGAUUUUUGCAAUGCAGUGGAGAAAAUAAGAAAUGUUUAUCCUGCUUUUGACAUGAAGACAAACACUGGAAAAAUCUGGAGUGUUGCAACAAGGUUCCCAGACCAUAUUCUUGGUGAAUUAAAGUUCAGAAUCAGCAUUUGGACAGAUUGUUCACCAUAUCCUCUGCUUCUUACACAACACGCUGGCUGUAUCACUCGUAACUUAAUUGUAGAGAUCCUCCAUUGCACAAAUCAAUACUCAAUACCGGAAGAAUGCCUUCUAAAUGUUUGUGGGUCUGAUGAAUUCUUACAAAACAAUCAUACUUUGGGCAGCCAUGAGAGUCUUCGCAAAGCAACUACCUGCAUUCAGCUUCGACUGCACAGCACUAGUACUUUGAAGCAAAGUUUGGCUCGAACGCAUGAGGAUGACCAAAGGCAGUUUAGUGUGAACCAGCUGCUGCAACACACUUGUGCGUGGAGACUGACUCGACAAAAUCUUGUUUCAGUUCUUAUGAAAUAUAGAGAUCAAGUGGAAUAUCUAUUGCAAAAUGAGCAUAAAGUUGAUACUGUAAUUGAAGUAGCUAAAGCAAUCUGCAGUGUCCUCUGUUUUGUGGAAACCAGAGACAUUACUGAUGCAGUCAAGAAACUCCAUGCAGUGCCAUUGGAGAAAGCACAGAAUUCUCUUCAAAAUGUGGAAACACCAGAUAAAGCUCUAAUAGAGGCUGCUGUGACUGACCUCUCCAUGGCCAUCUCUCGUCUCAUCCAUGUUUACAGCUGCAGCUUUGAUGCAGAUUUCCAGCUUGCCAGCAUACCUAAAAGCUUUUCAUGUGCAGACAUCAGCCUAGAUUCCCAGCUCAGCUUCACUGUUUAUGCUGCCCAUAAUAUCCCAGAAGCCUGGGUGAACAGCUACAAAGUUUUCUCUUUUUCCUGUUCAUUAACUUACGCUGGGAAGACAAUAUGUCAAGUGAAGAUUUGCAAAAAUGCACCGGCUAAAAGAUCCUUUUUUUUCCUAGUUGACUGGAAUGAGAAAAUCAACUUUCCUCUACGAAUAAAGGCUCUUCCAAGGGAAACUAUGCUGACAAUAAAACUACUUGGUGUAAACAGUGCUUCUAAAAAUACAGAGGUGCUUGCUUGGACAUGCUCCCCAUUGUAUCCAAAACAGCAGCUCGUGCAUGGAACUGUGCUGCUUAACAUGACAUUGUACAGCACACUCACAACAACAAUGAUUGCCCCUGGCAUCUGCAGUACUGAUACACCAACCUCAGUAACAUUGCAGGUUGACUUUCCAGAAACUAAUUUGGACUUCAUUAAACCCGAACCUCAAGAAAGAAGAGGUGAUCUUGAAGAAGCAACCAAAGAGUGCCUGAAGCAUAUUACAAAACUUUCACAGACACAUUCUCUCUUGCUACUCUCAGAACAGCAGAAAAGAAUAUUAUGGUUUUGUCGUUACUAUUGCAAUAAUCAAAAUUGCUCCCUUCCUCUGAUACUGGGCAGUGCACCCAGCUGGGAUCGAACGACUAUAUCUGAAAUGUAUGCCAUGUUGAGAACAUGGAUAUUUUCUAACCCUCUGGAGGCACUUGGGCUUCUGACUUUCAGCUUUCCAGAUCAAGACAUUCGCAGAGCAGCAGUCCAACAAAUAGAAAAUCUGUCAAAUGAUGAAUUGUUAACAUACCUCCCACAGCUGGUUCAGGUGCUCAAGUUUGAGUGGAGCCUUGAAAGCCCUCUAGUGAAACUCCUGCUAAUGAAUCGUUCUCUUCAGAGCAUCCAAGUGGCCCAUCAACUUUACUGGCUGUUGAAGAAUGCACAGAAUGAAGUUAAUUUCAAAAUCUGGUACCAGAAAAUACUGGCUGCACUCCAAUUCUGUGCUGGAAAAGUCCUGAACAAUGAGUUUUCUAAGGAGCGGAAACUUAUCAGAAUUCUGGAAGACAUUGCCAAAGAAGUAAAAGCUGCCAUUGACCCAAAAAGAAAGGAGGUGUUAAAGGUAGAACUCAACAGACUUCAGCAGUUCUUCCAGGAGGUGAAGUUUUGCCGGCUUCCCCUGAAUCCCGCGCUGGUUGUCCAAGGCAUAGACGCAGGCUCGUGUUCGUAUUUUACAUCCAAUGCUUUUCCAUUGAAAAUCUCUUUCAUCAAUGCAAAUGCUCCAAGUGGAAAUGUCAAUGUUAUUUUUAAGGUCGGCGAUGAUCUACGUCAAGAUAUGCUGGUUCUGCAAAUUGUUCGUGUGAUGGACAACAUUUGGCUCCAAGAGGGAUUGGAUAUGCAAAUGAUCAUUUAUAGGUGUUUAUCUACAGGAAAAGGCCAAGGAUUGGUGCAGAUGGUGCCAGAUGCUACCACACUAGCGAAGAUCCACAGGGAGUCUGGUCUGAUAGGACCAUUGAAAGAAAACACAAUUAAUAAAUGGUUCAGUCAUCACCAUCCUCUGGAAUCAAGUUACCAAGAGGCAAUAAGGAAUUUCUUUUAUUCCUGUGCUGGCUGGUGUGUUGUUACCUUCAUUCUGGGAGUCUGUGAUCGACACAGUGACAACAUAAUGCUGACUAAUACUGGACACAUGUUCCACAUAGAUUUUGGAAGAUUUUUAGGUCAUGCACAAACAUUUGGAAGCAUAAGGAGGGAUCGAGCUCCCUUCAUCUUCACAUCAGAAAUGGAGUAUUUCAUCACAGAAGGUGGAAAAAACCCACAGCGCUUUCAAGAGUUUGUGGAGCUUUGUUGUCGAGCUUAUAAUAUAGUCAGGAAACACAGCCAGUUACUCUUGAACCUGCUGGAGAUGAUGCUUCAUGCAGGAUUGCCUGAGCUAAACAGCAUUCAGGAUCUGAAGUAUGUGUAUAAUAACCUCCGUCCUCAGGACUCAGACCUCCAGGCUACAAGCUACUUUACAAGGAAAAUAAAGGAAAGUUUGGAGUGCUUCCCUGUUAAACUCAAUAACUUGAUCCACACACUUGUACAGAUGUCAGUGACAAGUUCUGCAAAGCCUCCAGCUCCAGAGACUAUUCCCCAGCAGUGGAUGAUGCUGGACACAGAGAAAUCAAUCGCAAGAGCCACCAUUUUGGGGUUCACCAAAAAGUCGGACUAUCUGUAUCUAGUCCAGGUGGUGCAAACCUGCAACGUGGUCACUUUUGUGGAAAAAUCAUUUGACCAGUUCUCAAAACUUCACAGCCAUCUUCAGAAGCAAUUUCCAUCACAUGCCCUCCCAGAGUUUCCCCACUCAUCACAUUUACCUUUUAGAGAUCUUCAACAUAAAAGAGUGAAGGAUUUGAAUCUCUAUAUGAAGCAGCUAUUAAGUGGAUCCAGGAAACUGGCUAAUAAUGAGCUUGUACUCAGCUUCUUCCUGAAUUGGUGCAAAAAUACUGUGGCAGAAGGUUCGUCAUCUGUGGCUUUGGGUCCUCAAUCAACUGAUCAUAAGCCUGGGGUACAAUUAAUCAUAUCCUAUGAGAACACCCGCCUGACAAUAAUGUUAAAACACAUGAAGAACAUUCGCCUCCCAGAUGGCUCUGCCCCAAGUGCACAUGCUGAAUUUUAUCUUCUGCCUGAUCCUGAUGAGGUCAGUCGAAGAAAGACAAGAACAGCUCCAAAAAGCACUGACCCUACUUACAAUGAAAUUGUUGUGUAUGACAAAGUCACAGAGCUAAAAGGCCAUGUACUGAAGCUUGUUGUAAAAAGCAGAGGAACAUUUGUGGGAGCUGUGAACAUUCAACUAAGCAGUGUCCAGUUAAAUGAAGAAAAGUGGUAUCCACUGGGAAACAGCAUAAUUUAA